UAUGUGGCAACCACGUGGCGUGGCGAUUAGGCUCUCUUCCUCCUUGUGGCUUCCACUCUUUCCCCUCCCAAAGAUCUUACCACGUUCCCCGCCUGCCCUCUUCCCCUCAACAAGCAACAACCAAGGGAGAGAGAGGGAGAGAACUGGGCAUGGCUGCCCUUACCAAUAUCCAGUUCUCUUCACAGAGCUGUUGGUGCUGCCGAGAGUACUCCCCAUCUCCGCAUCCUCCCCAGGGGAGGAUUUUACCUCAAUUGGCCCUCAGGUUCAACGCCCUUUGCUUCUCUUCUCCUCCUUCUCAGUACUCCCAUUUUUCUGGUGGGAAGCACAACGACGGUCGUCGGCAUCAGAGGGGGCUCAAAAUCUUGUGCGUGAGAAGACCUUCCCCCGAUUGCAGUGGUGAAAGUGGUGAGACUUCUGACGGCAAUGGCAAUGAAGAGGAAAGUAGUGGAGAUGGUGGUUUUGGAAUUGAAAGCGAGCUUGUUUCCACCAAAGGGAGGAACAAGUUUCUGUAUCUUCUCAAGGAUUUUCUUCGAGGAAGAUGGUCGUCUUCCUCGUUGGCUCUUCACACAGUGUCUGCAUCAACAUCCGCUGAAGAACGCAAAUUUAGGAAGCUGUUGAUGAAAGCUGAAGAUAGUUUCUUUUCGUUUGUAGGUCAUCUCGGCAGGUAUUUUGUUACGUUGAUGAGUACGGGGGUGAUUCUCGCAAUUGGUUUUCAGCUUUCAGGUGGGAACAGUGAGAUGAACACCUUGAUUUGGUAUAGCUGGCUCGGUGGAAUAAUCAUAGGGACGAUGGUUGGUGCAAACAUGGUUUUAGAAGAACAUAGCAAAGCCGGUCCAAGGACUGUUGUCAUAACAGGAAGCACAAGAGGGCUUGGGAAAGCACUUGCACGGGAAUUUCUUCUUUCUGGAGAUCAAGUUGUUGUUGCCUCUCGCAGCCCAGAGUCAGUUGAGGCAACUGUGAGGGAACUGGAAGAAAAUUUACUGGAUGGGAUAAAUGCAGCACGAACUGAUGCCCGUCGGAAGAUUUUGAUGAGGGCAAAAGUGAUUGGUAUUGCAUGUGAUGUCUGCAAGGUUGAGGACGUGAAAAGGCUGGCCUCUUUUGCGACAAAUGAAUUUGGUCCUAUUAAUAUAUGGAUUAACAACGCAGGAAUUAAUAAAGGGUUUCGACCACUUCUUCAAUUUACAGAUGAAGAAAUUAACCAGAUUGUCUCAACAAAUCUGGUUGGUUCUCUAAUAUGCACUCGUGAAGCAAUACGUAUCAUGGGAGCCCAGGAAAAGGGAGGUCACAUAUUUAACAUGGAUGGUGCAGGGUCAGGAGGAUCAAGCACCCCAUUAACAGCUGUCUAUGGGUCGACCAAAUGUGGUUUAAGGCAGCUCCAAGCAUCUCUUUUGAAGGAGUGCAAGAGGUCAAAGGUGGGAGUGCACACGGCAUCCCCAGGCAUGGUCUUGACAGAUUUGCUAUUGAGUGGAUCAAGCCUUCAAAAUAAACAAAUGUUCAAUAUUAUAUGUGAGCUACCAGAAACUGUUGCAAGGACACUGGUUCCAAGAAUGCGGGUUGUAAGGGGAACUGGAAAAGCAGUUAACUAUUUGACUCCCCCUCGGAUUCUGCUUGCAUUAGUGACUGUAUGGCUUCGGCAAGGUCGUUGGUUUGAUGAUGAGGGAAGAGCAUUAUAUGCAGCAGAAGCAGAUCGGCUGCGAAACUGGGCUGAGAGCCGCGCUCAGUUUUCAUUCACCGAUGCCAUGGAGAUGUACACUGAGAACACUUGGGUUUCUGUCUUCUCACUUUCUGUGGUUUGUGCUUUUAUAAUCCUCUCCAGUUCAUCAGGAACAAUGCCAGGCACAUGAUAUUGUACGCAGGAGUUCAAGCAAAGCAACAUACUAGCAGCCCGCUACCAACUACCAAGUGUAGAUUCUGUAGAAGCAAUGUUCUGUCUUGCAAGCAAUGAAAAUGAAGAGUUGAAAUGAUAAGUCAUGGUAUAUUCAACGUUACACAGCCAGAGGGAAGGAAGGAGGAAAGCAAGUAUGUUGAAUCUAAGUGGAGUCAUCCUUCUUAUUAUCAUAACAGGAUCUCUCCACUAGCAUAGGUCUGUUAAUGUGAUUUCUGGUCAUUAGUAAUUCUAAUUCAAAAUCGAUUCUUGAUCCAUUUGGUCCAAGUUACUUUAUCCAUACAUGAAAUUUGGUCUAGAAGAUGAAACUCUGCGCCACUUUGUGGAGAAUAGUCAUUACCUGCAUAUGUAACUGAAAACUGUCAAAGGAACUACAAGUCAUAGAAUGGAAUAUACCAGCUUUCAUCUCCUA